AUGGCGUCCGACACCUCAGCCUCCACAAAACCCGCAGAGGAACCCCUGCCCAAACUCACUCCCGCACAGUUCAGAAUCUACAACUCCAUGGCCGAGCACAUGGAAUACUUCCACAACCACUUCCGCCACACCUGGAACACAGUCUACAAGGCCUGCGAAACAAACAAGCGACCCGCCGGCAUGUCCAUCCGGCAGUUCCUAGCCACGCUCGAGCAGUUCUGCGGCCAGCUCACCAUGCACCACACCAUCGAGGAGCAGCACAUCUUCCCCGUCCUCGCAAAAAAGAUGCCUGCAUUCCGCGAAGAGCUGGAGCUACUCACGCAGCACAAGGGGAUCCACGAUGGGCUAGAGAAGCUGGAGGAGUAUGUGGCGGAGUGCAGGACGGGGGAGAAGGAGCUGCAGAUGAAGGAGGUCAAGCGGAUAAUGGAUGGGUUUGGGAAGGUACUGUGGAGUCAUUUAGAUGAUGAGGUGAAGCAGCUAGGGGCGGAGAAUAUGAGGAAGUUUUGGACGGAGGCGGAGAUGAAGAGGAUGCCUAUCUCAUGUGAAACCAAUGCGAUAGUUACUCUGGGAAUCAUGGAGAGGGAGAGACAUGGAGGUGACAUAUACGACCCGCUCGGCGCGCACCCAGGAUCAGCAAGGGUACGAGGCUCCAACGAGAGCUUGACUGAUAUUCCCGAGGAUGUGGAACAAACCUCAACCACCAUCGGAAGUCCCGAGAUAGCGGCCAAAGAUGGUGCCCCCACGCUCGACUUCAUUCCAGCGGAGGAUGUCGAGCAGGUGCCAGGAAUGCCACGAGGCGACACAGAGUCGAUGAAUUUUGAUGGAGAAGAUGAGAAUCCUGCUGUUCCGGAGCUAUUCCAGCGAUCUUCAAGUCCUUCGAACAUGCACAAGCAGAGAGGCGCCGCAUACGAAAAGGUUGGGGAGGAAGGCAUCAACCGGAUGCAUAAAUUCUACCUUUACGAAACGAGCACCCGGUUCUACCUUAUCGGGGCGGACCUCUUAGACAAGCAUUACAGAGUGCUGAAGAUCGAUCGAACAGCGCCACCGGGACAUCUGAGUAUCUUUGAAGAUGACAUCGUGUACGACAGAAAAGAAAUGAACCAUCUACUGAACGCGAUCAACGACGGGAACAAGGCCACAGGAGGCGUAAAGCUCAAGUGUAGCGCAUGGGGGCUCAUGGGCUUCGUUCGCUUCACAGAGGCUUAUUACAUGAUUCUAAUUACCAAGCGCGCGCAGGUUGCCAUGCUGGGAGGCCAUUACAUCUACCAGGUUGAUGGGACAGAGCUGAUACCUCUCACGACUGGCUCUUCAUCCCGUUUUCAAAAAGAUAGGAAUCCGGAGGAGGCUAGAUACUUGAGCAUUUUGAACAACCUCGACCUAACGCGCUUCUUCUACUUCAGCUACUCAUAUAACAUCACAAGAAGCCUUCAGCAAAACAUCAUCCGUGAAAGACAUGCCUUCAACCAGGGGCUGAAACACCCAAAUCGAGAUUACCAAGAUAUAUUCGUCUGGAACCACUACCUUCUCGAGCCGGCCCGCGAAGUGUUGAAGAAUGUCUAUGACUGGUGCCACGCGGUAAUACAUGGCUCCAUCGAUCAAUCGUCGCUCGAUGUUUUCGGACGUAGGAUCUACAUCACGCUCAUGGCGAGGCGGUCGAGAUUUUUUGCAGGCGCACGUUUCCUGAAGCGUGGCACGAACGAUUUGGGCUAUGUCGCGAAUGACGUGGAAACCGAGCAGAUCGUUUCAGAAGCACUCACCACGUCCUUCCAUGCACCAGGCCCACGGCUGUGGUCGAAUCCUACUUAUACUUCAUAUGUGCAGCACCGCGGUAGCAUACCGUUGUAUUGGACGCAAGACAAUACUGGGGUCACGCCCAAGCCAGACAUAAAACUCAACCUCCCAGAUCCUUUCUAUAGUGCUGCAGCGUUGCACUUCGACGACCUGUUCGAGCGAUACGGUGCCCCAGUAUACGUACUGAAUCUGAUAAAGCAGCGCGAAAGGACGCCGAGAGAAUCUAAGCUCUUGCACGAGUAUAAGCGGGCUAUAGAGUAUCUCAACCAGUCUCUUCCCAAAGACAAGAAAAUCAUAUACGAAGCUUUCGAUAUGGCAAGGGCAUCAAAAACGCGAGGUCAAGACGUUAUUCUCUCCCUAGAGCACCUGGGUGAGAAGGUCUUGCGCCAGACCGGCUUCUUUCACAACGGCGACGGUGACUUCGACGCUCCGCAAGUGCAGAAUGGAGUCGCUCGAACGAAUUGUAUCGAUUGUCUGGAUCGGACAAACGCCGCACAAUUUGUCAUCGGGAAACGAGCACUCGGACGACAGCUGCAGGCUCUCGGUGUGAUUUCAGGCAACACGGUCGAAUAUGACAGUGACUGUAUCGACAACUUUACUCACAUGUUCCACAACCAUGGAGACGCGAUCGCCAUGCAAUACGGCGGUUCGCAUCUCGUCAACACGAUGGCCACCUACCGGAAGAUCAAUCAAUGGCAAAGCAGCUCACGAGAUAUGGUAGAGAGCUUCAAACGCUACUACCACAACUCUUUUCUCGACUCGCAACGUCAGGAAGCCUGCAAUCUGUUCCUUGGCAACUACAUACAUGCAGAAGGGCAACCUAUGCUAUGGGAUCUACAGACCGACUACUACCUUCAUCACGCCGACCCCCGGUUCUGGCUUGAGAAUCCACGCAGGGACUACAUAAGCUGGUUUACUCCCCAUUUUCUUGAGCCUCGCUCCUUGCCACCUUUCUUGGUGUCUCACAAAGAUCACAAGCAGCUGGUGCGGAGCGGCACGGCUAGACGUGACGACUACUGGCUGGAAUACUAUCGCCCGUUAGCCGUAACAUCGUUCCUAAAGGUAUAUGCUUUCCGCCUGAAUUGUCCACCAACAAAAGAGAAGGAUACUUCUUAUCCGUCACGACUGCAGGAUGCCUCACCUUUUGUCGUUCGUAGGAAACAACAGGAGCAGACCACCGUGGCCAAAGACAACAAAAAGCCCGCUCGUAAAGGCGUGACAAUCCUGGAGCCUUCGAGCGACACCGAGUCGCGUCAUAGAAACAGUUUUGCGCGGCGCCGCUAUAACAUGCAUUUGCAUAUUCCAGAAUCCGGUUUCCCAGCCAAACAGUCCAUCUUGCGCGAUCCGCACUUCGAAACCCAGAUGCCGGCGUCUGCACCUCCGGAGACAAUGACUUUCCCGUCCAUGGACAACUCCAGCUCUACUGGCUUCACGUCAAACCUCAACACGAAAGGCUUCAAGCCGGCAGACAAGGCGCUCAUACAUCAAUGGACGCUCGCGCAGUUCCACGAGAACAGCCUCAACCCCAGCGUCACAUCUACAGAAGAAGAAGAAUACGAACGCUACAUCGGACACCCUCUCAACCUCCCUCUCGUUGUAAGCAACGAAGCCCCAGUAGCCGACGACGCCACCGCGCUAGAAUACCUAGAGUACCUCGACAUGUCCGAGGGUGGCACCCAGCCCGCGCAACCAGACCAAGAUUCGGACAGCGAAAGCUUUUACUACGUCCCGCUAUCGAAGAGCCAGACUGCCCCCGCGCACCACCUCCGCCUCGAUACCGACGUCGCAUCUAUCCGCUCCCUCCCCCUGCGUCCCACAUCGUCCGCCUCCUUCACCUAUCCGCUCACACCCUUCUCGCACCCCCACGCACACAAGGGCUUCGUGCACAACCUCCACAACUACAACCAAGCCCACCAGAACACCUUCUACCCCGAAUUCGCCGAACCCACGAAUCUUCCCGCCGAUGACCCCUCAUCCCAGAACACCGCAACAGCCGGCUCAGGGAAAUUCCAAACAAAGGAAGAGGAUAUAGAGGAGUUUGAGGAGUUCUUGCAUGUGCGGGACAACCCGCUAGAUGUGGAGGAGGAGGACGGCGGCAAGAAGCGGUACAAAGCGUAUCGGCAAUGGUUAAGGGGGAAGAGUUUUUUCAAGCAGAGUAAGGUGGAUCCAGAGUGGAUGAGCCAAUUGCCUGUUAGGUAG